AUGUGCUCGUGCAGCACACCGAGCAUCAUGGCUGCGGAUGCUGCGGCUACUUGUUCUCCGGUCCGCAUCCCGCCACCCCGUUUCCUGUCCCUUCUUCUGAUUUUGGUCACUUAUUUCCCCGCCACAGCCCGCGGACUGCUCGGUGUCCGCCCAGAGGAGACGGGAGGAGAGCUGUCCGUGGAGGACGGGGUGCUGAAGGCCACCGAAGGGACGCGGUUUAUGUUGCGCGUGUACUAUGCAGCUUCUCAGCCCAGGAUCAACAGAACUGUGACCGGCAGAAGCAACGCGGCCACAGCGCCUUGGAUCGCUUUCAUUGAGGAGCCCAGCCCGGGAAGAGAGGGGCAGGUCCACCCGAAACGAAACUUGUGCAUGGACAAGAACGCCAGGACUUCUGAUAUAGAACUACUGGGCUCCUUCAGAUCCGCCUCCAGUCAAAACUCGGUCUUGGUGGAACUUCUCGCCAAAGACCUACGAAGAGGAGAGAAAAUCAAAUAUUAUUCUAUGUGUGCCUUUGAUGGGGCAAAGUGGGAGCACUUUAGGACUAGAGAUUUCUGGCUUGCUGUGGUAGAGCGAUCCCCGGAACCUGACCUCUGGCUGCAAGUGCUUAUCUCCGUGGUGCUGCUGGGGCUUUCGGCGCUGUUCAGUGGGCUCAACCUGAGUUUGCUCUCGCUAGACCCCGUGGAGCUCCAGGUGCUACAGAACAGCGGCACUGACAAGGAGCAGAAGUACGCACGUAGAAUCGAGUCUGUCCGGAAACACGGAAACUAUGUACUUUGUACCUUGCUGCUGGGUAAUGCGCUCAUCAAUGCAUCCUUAGCGGUCUGGAUGUGUCAGAUUCUUGGAAUGACUUGGCUGUCCACUGCCAUCUGCACUUUCGGUAUAUUCUUUGUUGGUGAAAUCCUACCGCACUCUGUGGCAUCCAGGCACGGGCUGGCUAUCGCCUCAAAAACCAUCUGGGUUACCAGGCUUUUGAUGGUGAUAUCGUUUCCCAUCUCGUACCCAAUCAGCAAGCUGCUCGACACAAUUCUUAACCAAGAAAUCAGUAACUUUUACACCCGGGAGAAAUUACUAGAGAUGCUGCGAGUAACCGACCCAUACCACGACUUGGUGAAAGAGGAACUGAACAUUAUACAGGGAGCUUUAGAACUUAGGACCAAGACGGUGGAAGAUGUGUUAACUCCGCUGAAUGACUGCUUCAUGCUGGCCUCCGACGCUGUACUGGAUUUUAACACCAUGUCCGAAAUUAUGCAGAGCGGGUACACCCGAAUCCCCGUGUUUGAGAACGAGAGGUCUAAUAUCGUGGAUAUCCUGUUCGUCAAAGAUCUGGCCUUUGUCGACCCUGACGAUUGCACUCCUCUAAAAACCAUCACACAGUUCUACAAACACCCCAUGCACUGCGUUUUCAACGACACCAAGUUAGAUGCCAUGCUUGAAGAAUUCAAGAAAGGUAAAUCUCACUUGGCCAUCGUUCAGAGGGUGAAUAACGAGGGCGAGGGCGACCCCUUCUACGAGGUCAUGGGCAUCGUCACUCUGGAGGACGUCAUCGAGGAGAUCAUCAAGUCCGAGAUCCUGGACGAGACCGACCUCUACACUGACAACCGCACCAAGAGGAGGGUGUCCCACCACGAGAGGAAGCAGCAGGACUUCUCCAUCUUUAAGCUGUCAGAGAACGAGAUGAAGGUGAAGAUCUCGCCACAGCUGCUCCUCGCCACGCACCGCUUCCUGUCCACAGAGGUGGAGCCUUUCAAGCCCGCCCACCUGUCAGAGAAGAUCCUGCUGCGGUUGCUGAAGCACCCCAGCGUGGUGCAAGAGCUCAAGUUCGACGAGAAGAACAAGCGGGCGCCACAGCACUUCCUGUUUGUGCGGAACAAGCCGGUGGACUACUUUGUCCUGGUGCUUCAGGGCCGUGUGGAGGUGGAGUUCGGGAAGGAAGCCCUGCGGUUCGAGAACGGGGCGUUUGCUUACUAUGGCGUCCCCGCCAUCAUGCCCACUCUGUCCGCAGUCCACAGAUCCCCCUCCCGAAGCAGUGGACUGAACCGCUCUGACUCCAUGCUGUACGGGGGAAGCAUGAGCCAGCUGAACACCACUAACAGUGCCUACCUGCCCGAUUACUCCGUUCGCCAGCUGACCGACCUGCAGAUCAUCAAGAUCACGAGGAGCCACUACCAGAACGCCCUGACGGCCACGCGGAUGGACAGCUCCCCCCAGACGCCCGACACGGACGCCCAGAUGAACGAGGACAGCACGCCGGACCCCGAGGCCCCCGCGCCGGAGAGCCACGCCCCGCUGCCGCAGAGAGAGCCUCGGCCCAGCUCCGCCCGCUCCCGCCCGCAGCAGUCUGGAGUCCCACACAGCACCACGGUCCUCAACGAGAAGAACCGCAUCGUCCGCAGCAAGUCGGAUGGGCAGAAAAGCCCCAGCGACUCGGUGUUCCUGCGUAUGGACGAGAUCCCGUACAUCCGAGAGGACCGGCCCGAAGGCGAAGGAGAAAACGACACCAUUGCUGUUCCCAUGGAGACGGAAGCUCCCUCCUCCCCCUUCAUCAGCACUCUGUCAUUGAGUGGAUCAGAGGAAACGCUGGGAAAGAAAUUGCUCCUCAAACUAAGCCAUAAGAAGAGAAAAAGAUCUAAGGAUGGGGAAAGGACUCCUGAUGACAACUCAGAACAGCCCCUUGUGAAGACCUAGCAGGAAGUCAUAUAGGAGAUGAGGUGGUUGUGGAGGAAUGGAGGAUGCGUUUUCAGAGUAUUGGGACACAGCCCCUGAGACUUGCUGGGAGGAAUACUUCUCAGUUGAAGUCACCAAUGCUGAUACUGUACCUGGCAGUAUUAUACCAUAGCCACUUCAACAUACGGCAAUCAACAGUCAACCAGAGGCAACUGACAUUAUGUGACCGAUGAGACAGGACCACCUGGAAUGCAAGCAGAAUUUAUGAGUCUUUCAAGGGCAGGCUUUCUUCAACACUUUUCUGUUCAUCUCACAUUCAUCACUUACGGCAGGUAAAAUCAUGUUCUCUCAAUUUUACAUGAACAUAACAACAGAUUUAUAUUUUUCCUUGAUAAUAAUAUGACGCAUGUCAUAGCCUAUAUUUGAACAAAAAGCCAUAAGCUUGAAUGGAAUACAUUUUAAAAAGCCAGUUCUGUUCACAAACUUAACAAAAACAAAAUGAACAAAGUGGCACAAGUAAAAUGAAUGUGCCAAAACCGCAUAAAUGUUAAAACAUCUCAGGAGCUCUCUGGCAUAUUGAGAUCUAUGAUGGACAGACUGAGAUUUGUAUGGAUUAAUUGCUGACUUAUUAACCAAAUGACUAGGUUGACUUCUCUCACAUAGGUCCACUCUGAUUGGGUGGCCAUCUUCCCUGAAUGAUGACCUCACAGAAGAGUCCUCCAGUAGACUGCCCAUGCCCUCCCUUCAGCAAAGAGGCAAAGGGUGAGGCAUCAGUAGGGAGGGGGCUGUAGCUCUUUAAAGACAAGCUGAAAUUAAAACUCACUUUUUCCUUAAUUUAGUCAAUUCUUCAUAAUCAUACGGACACAUCUUAAAGUAUAUAUUCCAAAAAAUGUGAUAACAUUUUAAUACUUGUGUAUUUUCACACCUACAAUUUUUCCAUUCACUUCCUGCAAAACAAGAUUUUAAGAGAUUUGAGGACAUCGUGUAACAGUGGGAAUGUAUUUAGAUCAAAUGUCUGUCAAUUUUCUGUUUCCCUCCAAUCAGUAUCUUUUCAUGCCAUGGGCUCUGCUUCCCCCUCCUCAUUUAACAUCAGUCAAAUCGAUUCCCUGCCCUCUAAAAAACCCUCAGAGAAAAAGGAUGGGGUGUCUAGCAUUAUUAACCAUCACAUUUGGGUAUGUGAGACUGGGCAUUGUGGGUUGGGGGGCUGCUGUGGUUUUAGGUUUUCUCCUACACCUUAUACAAUGAUCACUAUUUAGCCACAGCUGGAACUGCAACCAAAGACUUGAACGAUCAGAAUUUUGUUCUACAUGAUGACUUACUACAGAUAAAAUCUGAAAUUCUGUAAAACAUCAAGUUUUGUUAACAAUACCCAUUUUGUGUCUUUUGUUCAUUCUUUGAUUUAGCCAUGGUUCUGAAAUUUUAAAACAAGUUUUCAGCCCCAAGUCCCAAAACGGUUUUCUUUUUAUUCGCGGGUUGGGGUGUUUGUAACCCCUUUAAGGCAUUAAGAGAUGGAGGAGGGGGUGCUGUUUUGCUGUAGAGCUUUGGGAAUGCCAAGCCAAUUGAACUGGGCCUCUUGUUUCUGCAUGCUUUGGGUACAGAUAAGCAUGAUGUAGGAACUCUUUGUGACUAGGGCAAUUCAGGCCACUCAGCCUCGGGAAAGUUGGGGUAAUGGGUGGUGUUUGAGGGGGGAGGGGGGUUUUGUGGUGGUACACAAGCAAGAGGGAAGGGAGUGAAACAGGUUAGAACAACUCUCGGCCCUCAGCAUGUGAGGAUGUGGCCUGAGUUCCAAUGUUGCCCUGACAGAUAUGCUCUUCUAAAAUACUCAAACAAGUAACUGUUAUUUAUUCAGGGUUCUUUAAAAAAAAAAGCUACAUAUAUCUUUUGUUUAAAUAACAAAAUGUAAAUCAUAGGAAGGCAUUUUGCAAUGUAAAAUUUAGAUUUACAGUUCUGAGUUACUAAACGGCACAUGCUGUCAGUCAGCUUGGGUGCAAGCAGGAGGGAGUGAGACACGAGGACUCGUCCUCUUGUGUUAUACGCUUUCCCUGCUGCAAUGGGUCUGUCAGAUCAGCUGUGGCACACAGGACACGUCAAGCAAUUUUCUAUUGUGCAAUACUAACUGCCAAACCUCUUCUCUGAGAGCACAUGGUGAGAGUGAACAAGAAAUGCAUCUCAGUGGUACAGCUGCAGCUGUGGGGGGAGGUUGUGCAGCUUGCUUCUCUCUCUCACACACACACACACACACACAAAGAGUAUUAAGAAUAACAAGCUCACCCUGCCCUGUUCAUAAUUGGUUCCAUCCUAAAUCCCACCCUUUAGGGGGCAAACCAUCAGGAAUGGUAGCAUGUUGUGAAUUCACAGUUCAGUGGGGAAUGCUAUUUUGAAUGUUACUGUAAAAAAACUGGAAAAAGAUGAGACAAAGGGACAAAGCAAACUGCGUGUGCAUGUGUGUGUGUACGUACAGGGGGGGUGGGUCAUAUGAAACACUCAUCACUAUUCACCACCAGUCAAGAGGUUUGGCAAGAAAUAGAUUAAUAGAUUUUAUAUUCUUAGAGGUUUUAAAGAAUACCCAAAUAUAUCAUUUUUUAUGAGAGAAAGAGAGAGCUUUAGAGACAAACAAGUUUAUGAUUUUAUGAGAUGUUUAAAUAGAUUUUUGGGAUAUUUAAUAUUUUAAAAAAGGAAAACAAACUUAACAAUUUUACAAUAUGUAUUAUGAACUUCCUCAGUAAAAAGAAACUUUCAAAACUGA